AUGAGGAAGAGAGGACAUUAUCAGUCCAUUGAAGCGCCAUUGUCGAACAACAUUCCCGACGAUUUGAUGGUCGACGUUCUCGCCCGACUUCCAGUUGCGAGUUUGCUACGCUUCAGGUGCGUUUCGAAACGAUGGUGUGCCCUAAUCGACUCCCCUAACUUCCUCAAUAUGCAACUCAAUCAAUCACUCACAACCAACACUAACCACAGUCUGAUUUUUGAAUACGACGCCUCCCCAGACCACGACCUCGGUUCUGCAGGAUUGGAUUCUCUGGAUGAUAUCUGGAAACAUGAUGACAAUAUUGUUCCACCGGUAAAACUUGAGUACCGAGUAGAAGAACGUUUUCAUAUAAUAGGUUCUUGCAAUGGCUUGAUCUGUUUGAUGCGUGAUGAUGAUUGGUAUAAUUGUGGUACAUCCCCCAUUUUGUUUAACCCUUCCACUAAGAAACACCAGAUUUUACCUUCUACGCUGCAACCUUUUGCAGAUAUUUUCUCCCAAGUUUUUGGAUUUGGGUAUGAUCCUGUCAAUGACGAUUACAAGAUUGUAUGGGUAGCUUAUGUUUAUGAUGAUAGUGAUUUAAGCGCUGAUGCUCCUUUAAACUCUUGUGGAGCAGUUUUUACUUUGAGAUCAAAUAAAUGGAGAUGGAUUCAUAUUCAAGAUGGUUUCCCUCAUCUAUUUAAUUUUUCUGGUGUGGUUUUUAAUGGUGCUUUGCAUUGGGUGGCUACUCGCCGACCCAAGUCAAAUGUGGAUAAUUUUAUUUUUGCUUUUGAUCUUGUGGCUGAGAAUUUCCGAGAGGUGAAACUCCCAAGCACAUCGGGUUAUCGGUCGGUGACUUUGGGUGUUUCCGGUGGAUGCUUGUGGGCGGGUUAUAUUGAUUAUGAUUACCUCGUUGAAUUAUGGGUUAUGAAGUCGUGGACUAAUCUUAGCUUUGCCAUUCCAAGGAAUCGUGUGAAGCCUUUGGAUUUCUCAAACAAGGAUAAUCUUCUAUCUAAGAUAGAUCAUUUCUUACUUGUAUCUAAUGUAGAGAAAAAGAAAAAUACACAUAGAUAUUUAGGAAUUCCCUGUGAUUCUCAACUCGGUAGCCUUAGAUGUUAUGAUCAAGAUAAUGAUGGAGAGACUUUUAUGCUUGUAGUUAAGGAUGCAGAGAUUUUUCUGGAGAGCAUUGUUUCACCCUGA